AUGGCUGAUGGGCUGGCCAAGUACCUAUACCUAUCUCUCUGCUUCUUGCUGCAGCUCCCUUUGCAGAGCUCAGGUGAACCUCUCCCAACUCUAAGUGCUCCAUCCAGGGAGGUGCCUAUCAAAGGAAUAAAAGGAGAUUCCCUGGAGCUGACAUGUGCCUCAGUUUCUACUCCUUUGGUGGUCUUUUGGAGCUUUACCCCACCAGGUUCCCUGGUCCCCCAGCCUAUAGCUGUCACCAAUGGAGCUGAGGUCAAGGUGGAGUCAGGGGCUCUAGCUCUGGGGGCUGUAAGCCUGAGGAACAGUAGCUUGGUGUUGGAAGGACUUCGGAUAGCAGCCCAGGGGAGGUUUCUAUGCCAGGCCUUGUAUUCAGCUGGUGGAGAACUCCAUACUGCCUAUUCAUACAUCAUUUUGUCUGUUUUGGUGCCUGUGUCCAAGCCCCAGGUGCGCCUGAGUAGCCCGUCCCCAGUGGAGGGAGCAUCCCUGGUGGUGGCAUGUGUGAUUCGAGAGGGCACAGGACCUGUGUCUUUUGCCUGGCAGCAUCAGGAGCCUCAGGGAUCUCAAGGGGCUCUGACUGAGAGAACUGAGCAGUCACUCCAUUUGGAACCUGUGAAUAGAACCCACACUGGCUGGUACAUCUGUAGUGCUCAAAACGAGGUCAAUAGACUCAACAGUGAGAGAGUCUACCUCGAUGUCAUCUAUGGUCCAGACGAGCCCAUCAUCAGAGUGGAGCCUUUGGCAGUUAGUGAGGACAGCUACUGGGCAAGUGAACGGGAGGAAGUGACCCUGAGCUGCCUGGCUCCUUCCAAUCCCCCCAGCCGCUAUGUGUGGCUGCAUGACCACAUUCAGGUCUAUUCUGGGCCCACCUACAUCAUCGCUCGUGCCCACCAGUCCCAUGCUGGCCACUACACGUGUCUGGCCCACAACAGCUACUUGGAUACCCACACUCAAGCCACAAUCCAACUCACCAUCUUCUAUCCUCCUCAGGGGCAGCCUACCUGUGCUGUAUUCCCUGACACUGGGGCUGUGGUCCUAAACUGCUCCUGGCCUGGGGGAUUCCCAGAAGCCCAGCUACAUUGGGAGGGUCCUGAAGGUGCCAGUCCUUCUGCUCCUACCAACCUCACCUGGACCCAUUUGUCAACCCAUCUGCCCAAUGGAAGCAUCUUCAACUGCAUUGCCCAGCAUCCUGCUCUGGCUCAACCUGUCUUCUGUAGGAUUACCCUCUGGGAGCCUACCAGUACCCCAACCUGUUCUACCCCAGUUACAACAAGAGAUCAAUUUGUUAUGUUGAGCUGUGAGUGGCCUGGGGGGCAGCCUUCAGGCUCACUCACCUGGUAUGAUGCCGAGGAACAGCUACUGGGCAGCAGUCGCUCCUCUCCUGCUAUCCAGCUCCUGAGAGCCCACGAAGGGCUGGCUGGCAAGGAGUUCACCUGUAAGGGAACUCAUCCCCUUCGGAAUCCUGACCCUGACUGCAGACUUCAGCUAGAAGCCCCUCGGCUGAUAGUUGACCAACCUCGCGUUUCAGUACUGGAGGGAAGGGAAGCGCAGCUGGACUGUGUGCUGCUGGGGGGCAGCCCACCUCCUCAGCUCCUCUGGCUGGGUCCCCAGCAGCUUCCUGUGAAGCCAAAUCCUCCCCACUACACUCUCCAGCAUAGGGGCCCCCGGCUCAGCCUCAUCCUCCACGACGCUGACCCUGCCCGCCACAGUGGCAUCUACCACUGCUUCGCUCGGAAUGCCCUGGGCAAUGCCAGCCACAGCAUCCUCCUGGAGGUUCAGAGGUACCCGGCCCCGCCCAACGUCACCAUCAGCAGUCUGACUUAUGGGAGACAGCGGAGCGAGGUGAGGCUGCAGUGGGCCACGCAGGGCCCCGGGAACCUAACGGGCUUUAUGGUGGAGCGGAGGGCAAGUCCUGCCGGCCCCGGGCCUGGAGUGUGGGAGAGAGCCGCUGCGGACAUCGAGCCAGAGAGCCGAGGGCGGCGGUUGGGUGGCCUGGACCCCGGGGUGCUCUAUGCCUUCCGCGUCUUGGCGCUGAAUCACCGCACGGCUGGGCACCCUUCUGAGGUGAAGACGCCAGUGGAUCCUCCUUUCAAUGCUUACCCUGCUGUGCUGGGUGCAGCAGGCACUGGGAUGGUAGUGGCUACAGUGGCCUCCCUGCUGGUGUUCCAGUACGCUGCUCGGCACCCAGAGACUUUUCCUCGCCUGGGCCAGCUGCUGUUCUCCACGGAUAGAACCAGUGCCGGGGGGAAUCGCCAGGAUGGGAGGGCAAUGGUGGAUCCUGAGAUGCAAGCAGGUGAAGUCCCAAUCUCAACCACAGCCCCAGGCUCACCCCUGGAACCCAAUGAUACUCCUGUGAAUGUUACCAUUACUGUGACUGCAACACCAUGA